AUGACUGUGUUGGCCAGGGCACGGCGCGGUAUCUGGCAGCUCUCUCCGCAGGUGGUGUUGCUCCUGCUCUUUGCCUUCUGCCUGCUCAGUGUUUUUGUCUCUGCGUAUUAUUUAUAUGGGUGGAAAAGGGGCUUGGAGCCCUCAGGGGACGUGGCGGGGCUGGACUGCGAUGAGCCCAAGGUUGCCCCUUCCCGCUUGCUGCCACUGAAGACCCUCAAGGUGGCUGACUCUUCCCGCACGGACCCCUUGGUGCUGGUCUUUGUGGAGAGCCUCUACUCCCAGCUGGGCCAGGAGAUUGUGGCCAUUUUGGAGUCGAGUCGCUUCAAAUACAGGACAGAGAUUGCCCCGGGGAAGGGGGACAUGCCCACGCUGACUGACAAGGACCGGGGACGCUUUGCACUCAUCAUCUAUGAGAACAUCCUCAAGUAUGUCAACCUGGAUGCCUGGAAUCGGGAGCUGCUGGACAAGUACUGUGUGGAGUAUGGUGUGGGCAUCAUCGGCUUCUUCAAGGCCAACGAGAACAGCCUGCUGAGUGCCCAGCUGAAGGGCUUCCCACUCUUCCUCCACUCCAACCUGGCGCUGAAGGACUGCAGCAUCAACCCCAAGUCGCCUCUGCUCUACAUCACACGCCCCAGCGAGGUGGAGAAGGGUGUGCUCCCUGGGGAGGACUGGACUGUCUUCCAGUCCAACCACUCCACCUACGAGCCAGUCCUCCUGGCCAAGACCAAAUCGGCUGAGUCCAUCCCGCACAUGAGUGUGGAUGCCGCGCUGCACACCACCGUGAUGCAGGACCUGGGCCUCCACGACGGCAUCCAGAGGGUGCUGUUUGGCAACAACCUCAACUUCUGGCUGCACAAACUGGUCUUUGUGGACUCUGUCUCCUUCCUGACGGGCAAGAGGCUGUCCCUGCCCCUCGACCGGUACAUCCUGGUGGAUAUCGAUGACAUCUUUGUGGGCAAAGAGGGCACACGCAUGAAGGUGGAAGAUGUCAAGGCACUGUUCGACACGCAGAAUGAGCUGCGCAAUCACAUCCCAAACUUCACCUUCAACCUGGGAUACUCAGGGAAAUUCUUCCAUACAGGUACCGAUGCUGAGGAUGAAGGCGAUGACCUGCUACUGUCCUAUGUGAAGGAGUUCUGGUGGUUCCCCCACAUGUGGAGCCACAUGCAACCUCACCUCUUCCACAACCAGUCGGUUCUUGCCGAGCAGAUGACCUUAAACAAGAAAUUCGCUGUCGAGCAUGGCAUCCCCACUGACAUGGGGUACGCUGUGGCCCCUCACCACUCGGGCGUGUACCCUGUCCAUGUGCAAUUGUAUGAAGCUUGGAAGCAGGUUUGGUCAAUCAAAGUGACAAGCACAGAGGAGUACCCACACCUGAAACCUGCUCGCUAUCGUCGCGGCUUCAUCCACAGUGGCAUCAUGGUACUCCCUCGGCAAACCUGUGGUCUCUUCACGCACACCAUCUUCUACAACGAAUACCCUGGUGGCUCCAGUGAGCUGGACAAAAUCAUCAAUGGGGGUGAACUGUUCCUGACUGUGCUCCUCAACCCUAUCAGCAUCUUCAUGACCCAUCUGUCCAACUAUGGCAACGACCGCCUGGGCCUGUACACCUUCAAGCACCUGGUCCGCUUCCUCAACUCCUGGACCAAUUUGAAACUGCAGACAUUGCCACCUGUGCAGCUGGCACAAAAAUACUUCCAGAUUUUUUCCGAGGAGAAGGACCCACUGUGGCAGGAUCCCUGUGAAGACAAACGGCACAAAGACAUUUGGUCCAAAGAAAAGACCUGUGACCGAUUCCCAAAGCUUCUCAUUAUUGGGCCUCAAAAAACAGGAACGACUGCCCUUUAUCUCUUCUUGGGGAUGCACCCGGACCUGAGCAGCAACUACCCAAGCUCAGAGACCUUUGAGGAGAUACAGUUCUUCAAUGGACACAACUAUCACAAGGGCAUCGACUGGUACAUGGAGUUCUUCCCCAUCCCCUCCAACACCACCUCCGACUUCUACUUUGAGAAAAGUGCCAACUACUUUGACUCUGAAGUAGCUCCACGGCGAGCUGCAGCCCUGCUGUCCAAGGCCAAAGUCAUCACCAUCCUCAUCAACCCUGCGGAUCGAGCCUACUCCUGGUAUCAGCACCAACGAGCUCACGAUGACCCAGUUGCCCUAAAAUACACCUUCCACGAGGUGAUCACAGCAGGACCCGAGGCUGCUCCGAAGCUCCGGACCCUGCAGAACCGCUGCCUGGUGCCAGGCUGGUAUGCCACCCACAUCGAGCGCUGGCUGAACAGCUACCAUGCCAACCAGAUCCUGGUGCUGGAUGGCAAGCUGCUCCGAACGGAACCUGCCAAAGUGAUGGAGACAGUCCAGAAAUUCCUCGGCGUGACCAACUUCAUCGAUUAUCACAAGACCCUGGCGUUUGAUCCAAAGAAAGGAUUCUGGUGUCAGCUUCUGGAUGGAGGGAAAACAAAAUGCUUGGGAAAGAGCAAAGGGAGGAAGUACCCCGAGAUGGAUUCAGAUUCACGCGCCUUCCUGCGGGACUAUUACAGGGACCAUAACAUAGAGCUCUCCAAGCUCCUGUACAAAAUGGGGCAGACUCUGCCCACCUGGCUGCGGGAGGAACUGCAGAGCACCAGGUAG